AUGUUUUCGGUGUCUCAACAAGCCUUGCUGAUGGUUCUGGUGUGUGCGUGUGCCGACUCAAAYCUGAUGAACRCGACAGAUGUUUUAGUAAAAACAUAUAUAUUUACAGGAACUGAAUAUAAACCAAAGACAUUAUUGAUUGAAUAUACUGAUUAUUAUCCUGGAACCAGCAUCAACAGUCUAGAGCUGGGUAAUAUAACCAGAAACAAGACGGUGAAACUCUCAGAAGAAGCGCAGUUGUUUCUCAGAGGCUCUGUGUCCACCAUCCUCAUCCCUUCCUUCUACACACUGGUCUGCCUCAUCAGCGUGCCGAUCAACAUCUGUGCAGUGGUGGCCUUCACUCUGAAGAUCAAACCCAAGAAGCCGGCAGCCAUCUACAUGUUGAAUCUGGCCUGUGCCGAUCUGCUCUUCGCCGUGCUGCUGCCCUUCAAGAUCUCCUACCACUUUGGCGGCAACAACUGGAUAUUCGGCCCGCUCAUGUGCCGCRUGGUCACCGCAGCCUUCUACUGGAACAUGUAUUGCUCUGUUCUGCUCAUAGCCUGCAUCAGUGUGGACCGUCUCCUUGCUGUAGUCUAUCCUAUUGACUCUCUGUCUUGGAGGACGCCAGGAAAGGCAAUCAUGGCCUGCGUAGCCAUGUGGAUAUUAUCCUUCGCUGGCACUGUGCCCCUUGUCCUCCCCGACCAGACUUUUCACCUCAGUCAGCUGAACAUCACCACCUGCCACGACRUCCAGCCUCUGGACAAGKUAAUCUGGUACUACAAGUUCUACUUCAUCGCCCUGUGCUGCGCCUUCUUCUUCCUGCCUCUGCUCAUCACAGUGGUGUCCUACACCCGUGUGAUCUGGGCACUGAGCAGAGUCCCGUGCGGCGUUGUAGGACGUUCACGCAGGAGAACAAGAGCAGUGGUGAUGGCUGGAACAGUGCUGGUGAUAUUUGUGCUGUGUUUCACGCCCACAAACUGUCUACUGAUGGCACACUAUCUGCAGUUUAACGGAGGUGCUGAGAAGAUCCCAGACAGCACUGAUGGCUCUUACGUAGCUUAUCUAGUGUUUAUGUGUUUGGGGAGUCUGAACUGCCUCCUGGAUCCCCUGGUCUACUACUUUGGCUCAUCCCAGUGCCAGAAACAACUAUCCAGCACGCUGAGGUGUCAGAGCAUUUCGGUGGGCAGCAGCAUUCGGUUCUCGUCAUCUGAUUCCAACCGAUCCAGCUCUAGAACAAUUCUGAAAUCGAGUCGCACAGAAAGCUCCAAAAUACACACUCCAGUCGCCAAGAUGAACUCAUUCCAGGCCAACCUCAACAGCCAGUACAAUAAACUGCUGGUCUGAGAGACUUUUACUGAGAAGAUUUGACUGAGUGACUUAACUAACUCUUACCUGUAGUCGACCAUUGUCUUUAUUAUGAAGGUCAAUUAAAAGCCAACAGAGCACAAAGCUAAUCUGUAGGGUUUAGUCUGCAGUAUUUAUUCUUCUCUGAUGAUGACAAGAUAGUAGAGAUUAAGCUGAGAAUGUUUUCUCAUUAUAUGAAAUGCUUUUCUUUCUUUGCACUCAAAGUGUUAAUGGCUGUUUUCAGACAAUGACUCCACAGGAUGUCCACAGAAUUGGAUGCAAACUUUCUAACAGCAUUCAGGUGAGGACUGGUGCAGAUCACAUGGACACAGUCGUCUGCCGUUAUCAACCACAGUUUACUUGACGUCUUUGUUAUUGUCCUCUUCAUGUGUGGCAACACUUUUUUAUUCAGAGAUAUUUGUAUUCCUUUUAUUUUUGAUAUGCGUCUGUUGCGCUUCAGAAACAUCAUCAACCCACUUGCUUGCAGUGAAUCCUGUGGAGGAUCUCUUGCCGUGUUUUAACAUUGGCUGACUUUUUCCUAGGGGGCUGGCUGAAGAAACUCCACAGAAAAUCUGGAGGCUGUCACUUGGACAUUUGCGUUCUCACAUACAGCCCCUCCAGAGAAUGUCAGGAGAUUAUCCACAGUUAAGAAAAUGUCCGAACCAGCUAUACAUUUAUAACCUAAGACCAUAGGUGUUACAUUUAAUGGAAGGAAACUACUUGCUACUUUUGUCUAUAUUAUGACAUUUUUCUCUAAAAAGUGUUUUAUGUUUUACAUUGCAAUUGAAGUGUUAAAUACAUGCAACUGACUGACUUUGAUUUGGUCAUAUCAAGACAGCCCAGGCACUGGGUUAUACGACCCAUCUUGAUAAAGUUAGACCUAUGUUCCCCCCUGCUGGUGAUAAAUAUGCAGUACUGAAUGUGUGACCAAUUAAAGCUGUCAUUUUUACUCCACUGUCAGGGUCGUUUACUCCAGCAGAUGGCGCAACACUAAAAGAAUUAAAAAUACUGAACGUGUGACCACACACACACACAAGCAUUGGUGUUUACGGAGAAAGAGCUAACUAAUUCGUUAUGAUUAAUUAGUUGUAUUCUGUAACUUGUGCGAACACCAGGUCUUUUCAUCAUCAUUACUCCGCCAGUAAUUUAAAUUUCAUAAAAACAAUUUUUUAGAUAAAACGUUAUUUGAAAAAUGAAAUUUCAAAUGCCAUUUUAAAAUAAGGGCUUGAAUAAGUGUUCACAGUUUGCAGGAGGUUGGAAUAGAUCAUUUGAGCAUUUGUGUGAAUCCAAUAGAAGGACCACCAACAACACACUUCAUCUUUAAAUAGAAACUUCAAGCUUUAAAAACUAAAGUGGAAUAAUAAUGUCCUCUGAUAACACCCACAUGAAAUAUGAUCGGAUGUAGAUAAGACAAAUGUGGCGGAAGGAAGAUAUUUUCUUUAAUUACACAGAAUUAUUCAUGUACUGACUUUAAUGAUGCAUUUCCAUAAUAAACAAUAUGUAAGUGUUAAUGAAAACACAGAACAAAAAUAAAUGA